AUGUUUUAAAAUUAGUUUUAGAAUGUACCGUUGUUUGAGAUAUUUGAUUCCAAAGGUAUUUUUUUUAAUCAGUUAGAUAUACUUAACAAAGCAAACAAGGAGAAGGAGAAGUUUUACUAGCAACUAUUAAAAAUUACAACGAAUAGUUUUGUUAAAGAUUUCGAUAAAUAAUUAAAGAGUAUUAACGAUACUCAUUAAUCAUAGACUAUAUUAUUGAAUUGCAAGGACAGAACACCAAAGUCCAUUUUCCAAAGGAUGGAGAUCUUGGAUUAGUCUAACAGUUCUUAUGUCUCUAAAUCUAUGUACCAUAGACAUAAUAAUGGACAAUUGAAUUUUCAAUUACUGAUACAUCUAAAACAAAGCGACAUGUUUAUUUGACAUAGAAUUGUAAGUAAAUUGAGAAAAAGCCAUUCCAUAUAAAAUACCCAAUAGAAGUACCAAAAAACAUAUGGCUAAACCUUUAAAUAGAUCUGUAUUCAUUUAUUCAAGGUUGGAAAGGAAUGACAUUUAGAUCACUUGAUUUAUUUGUUAUAUAAUCACCUUGCAAAUUAAGAAAAAUUUUUACAAUGAAAUAGGCUGAUCCUGAUGGGUAAGUCACUUUUAUUAUUUUUAGCUCCAUUAUGGGAAAACAUGGAUUUCCUAUUGGUUUUGAACAUUAAAACUUAAUAAUCCAAUACCAAGAUAAUAGUUUAGAGGCCUCUCAUGACAGUUGUUAAAUGAAGUAUGCAUAUUCUGUUUAUUAUUUAAGGAUUACAUCUAAAAAAGCUACUGGUUUUUCAUAACAAUCUCAAGCACAGUAAAGUUAGAAACAAUAAAAAUUAACAUAGGAGAAAAUAACUAGAGCUAAUAUAGUUUAUGAUGAUCAUCCUACUCCUAAGAAAAAGACUUAGUAGCCAUAAUAAUUAUCACAAUAAUAAUAAUAAUAAUCAUAACAAUUGAUUAUUACUUCUAGUUCUAAAUCAAAUAAACAGGAUAUUUCUUUAAAUGAUUUAGAUAUGAGUACUAAAUAAUCUGUUAGAAAUAACAAAAUUAAUUCACAUAAUGAUAGUGUUAAAAGGAAAGACAAAUCAGUUUAAAAACCUAGAGAUUUAUCUAAUGGUAAAAAACCAUAGAGUAAUAUCAGAAUGACACAUUCAUUUCCUAGAAAACCUCCAUUGUAGGAACAGUUAAAUUAAGAUUAUUAUAUAAAAACAUAAAAAUUUACUACAUUUAAUGAAUAAAAAUAAAAAGAAGAUGAAAUUGAAGAAAAUAUUGAAAUAGCAGUUGAAUAAAAACCUGAAGAAAUUUUUGAGGAAAGUCAAAAAAAAAUUAUAACUGCUAAUAAUUUUAAUAAAAGAAGCUUAAGCGAACUAAAAGGGGAAUCUAGCAAUCAAAGAGUAUUAUAAAGUAAUUAAUUUUAGAAUGAUCAAUAAUUUGAAGAUAGCUUAGAACAACCAUUUAAAAAUAGUGUCACAACAUUUGCAUAAGAAGGUUAUUAUGCAAAUUAACUAAAAAAAUAUACAGAUUUAAAUCGCCCAUUCACUCCUGAAUAUAACUCUGAUUUCAAAUUUGGCCAAUCAAAUUAUCAAUAAUUCUGA